AUGAUCUUUCAUCACAAAAGCCAAACCGGGCUCCGCCGGGGGCCUCCUUGUGACCUUUCACCUGGCCCAAGCGUCGGACGAGGAUGGGCUUCCCGUCCUCACCUCCACCGACCUAACCAUCCAGUUCGUAAAUGCCUCCACCAGCACUUCGUGCAACGACAGCGGCGUCUGGGCUCUCCGGUUGGUUCCCUUCCUCAGGGCGUUGGCCGUGAAUACGGGUGGCAGGCUGGGGGCAGCGGACAACCAAUUCUAGAUCGGAUGUCCCAAUUCGCUAAUUCCAUCUCCCUAGUCAAAACCUUAACGAAAUUGCGGACGGAUUCAAACCUAAAUAGCAAGGGCAGAGGGACAUGUAUUUUGUCCUGGGCUGUAGCCCGGAUAGAUCAAACCUUGAAGAUCUCCUUUUUCCGAUCAUAUAGCCGCCGUGAACCACCAUCUGUUGCCGUCGGAAAUCGCCGUUGCCGCCCGCCGCCGCCAGCGCCCAGCCGCACGCAGCCGCGGGAAUCGGCCAGUCGCCGCACGCAUCCAAGCCCAUGCACAUGGUCUGCAACGCACGGCGACCCGAUCACGCAUGCUAUCGUCUGCCAGCUCGCGCAACGUCGCUGCCCGAGAUCGUCGCGCCCAUGCAUUGCCAGCAUCCGCCUGCGAAUGUCACUUGUGUCCCACUCAACGCAUGAGAAGGACUCUCGUGUCCUCACUCACACAAGGCCCAGUCCGAACCGGCAUAGGAGUCACGCACAACACGCUCCCGAGAUCCCAACGCCUGCCCGUGUCCGCUCUAGCUCCCGCGCGUCCCGACCAGCACCAGACAUGACCUGUGCUGCCUACCAGCGGCUGUCCGUAACUUGA